AUGCCGCUCCCUUCGUCCUCCUCCUCCUCCGCCGCCGCCGCCGUCGCGGCCGGGCCCGCGGCGUCCCCGCUCGCCGCCGUCGCGGCCGGGCCCGCGGCGUCCCCGCUCGCCGCCGUCGCGGCCGGGCCCGCGGCGUCCCCGCUCGCCGCCCGAAGCCGGGGCCGCCUCCUCCGCGCGCGCUCCGGCCACGCCGCCGCCGUGAGGUGCCAGAGGGUCGAUCCUGUGAGGCUGAGGGCGGUGAAUGGAUCGCCCCCCUGCGUUCCCCUGUCCGACAGGUCGCCGUGGAUCCCUGUGACGACGCCGAUUUUCGGGGACGCAAGCAUCAGGAAGGACGACACGAGGCUGCGCAUCUUCUCAGGAACCGCCAACCCCUCGCUCGCCCAGGAAAUAGCAAGCUACAUGGGUCUAGAACUUGGGAAGAUCAACAUAAAAAGGUUUGCUGAUGGAGAAAUAUAUGUUCAGUUACAAGAAAGUGUAAGGGGCUGCGAUGUGUUCCUUGUGCAACCAUCAUGUCCUCCAGCAAACGAGAAUCUCAUGGAGCUACUCAUCAUGAUUGAUGCGUGUAGAAGAGCAUCUGCUAAGAAUAUUACUGCAGUCAUCCCUUAUUUCGGUUAUGCCAGGGCUGACAGGAAGUCUCAAGGUCGCGAAUCUAUAGCUGCAAAACUUGUAGCUAAUAUGAUUACUGAAGCUGGUGCAAACCGUGUCCUUGUUUGUGAUCUUCAUUCAAGUCAGGCCAUGGGAUAUUUUGACAUCCCAGUAGAUCAUGUUUAUGGCCAGCCGGUGAUUCUUGAUUACCUCGCCAGCAAGACAAUUUGUUCAAAUGACUUGGUGGUGGUGUCGCCCGAUGUUGGAGGUGUUGCCAGGGCACGCGCUUUUGCCAAAAAACUAUCAGAUGCACCUCUAGCAAUUGUAGAUAAAAGAAGGCAUGGACACAACGUUGCCGAGGUAAUGAAUCUUAUUGGAGAUGUUAGAGGAAAAGUGGCUGUUAUGAUGGAUGAUAUGAUUGAUACGGCAGGAACUAUUGCCAAAGGAGCUGAGCUGCUGCAUCAAGAAGGAGCAAGAGAAGUAUAUGCAUGCUGUACACAUGCUGUUUUUAGCCCACCAGCCAUCGAAAGAUUAUCAAGUGGUUUGUUUCAAGAAGUGAUCAUCACGAACACUAUCCCUUUGAAGGAGGAGAAGAAUUUCCCGCAGCUGACCAUCCUUUCAGUCGCGAACCUUCUAGGCGAGACAAUCUGGCGUGUCCAUGACGAUUGCUCUGUUGGCCAUGCGCCAUACUCCACCUUGGAUAUCGAUUGAGAACGGGUGCCAUAGAGGGUCGACCUGCCGUGGUGUCGACAACAACAAAUACAGUUGAUAGAUGAGAUGUCUAGGUGAUAAUGAGCAGAAUGUACUCUUUCUUAAUGCAGGAAUAGUUGUACAAGUGCCCCUUUUUUUGGAUGUUGUCCACUUUGUUUUGUGGAAUAAGCUAUGUUAGCAGAAAAAAACGUUGACUAUGCGUCCGAGUGUGAUAAGUACAUUAGAUGGAAGUUUGAACUGUGUAUAUAGGCCCGCUUAAUCCCAGCCGUUCCUUUUUUUUGACCAUUUUAGAUGAAAGUUGGCCCACCUUUUAAGUGUAUGAUGGGGCUGUUCUCACUGGCAUAAUAGUGGACCAUUUAUAUUUCCUUUUGGGGUAUACGUGUGGCAUUUCUUUAAAA